AAAAGAUGGCGUCUGUUUAGGCCAGUCGGUCUCGCCCCCUUCUCACACUCAGCUCGUUUAACACAGGGCUCUGUCGAGGAGCGGAGAGAGGGAUUUGCGCAUUUAAACCAGUUCUCCCGUGGACUUGGACGAGUGUUGUUUUAGCUGCUGAAGUUGUGACUCUUUCCUCGCCGUUGUGCUUUUUCACAGCUUCAGUGAAACCGAUGAAGGGGGCGGGUUUUGCCGAGAGGAUCAUUAAUAAGUGUUAUUAGUUUUUAUCCAGGUGUAUCAGCAGUCAUCGCCUUUGACCAGUGUUGUCUCGCAUUUACCGAAACCCCGUUCUCUUUUUUUCCCUUGGGAUUUUUUUUUUGUCUGUCUGAGUUUCGCAGACUGUUUAGCACUUCUGUGAUUCCCUCGUAUUUGGAUUUUGCGUUCUGUUAUCGCCGAGACGCGAUGUCGGACAAUCAGAGCUGGAAUUCUUCGGGGUCUGAGGAGGAUUUGGAAACCGAAUCCGGGCCGCCUGUUGAGCUCGGUGGGAUCCUUAGCAAGUGGACCAAUUACAUCCAUGGAUGGCAGGAUCGCUGGGUGGUUUUAAAAAACAACACCUUGAGCUACUACAAGUCCGAAGAUGAGCGGGAAUAUGGCUGCAGGGGAUCUCUGUGUCUCAGUAAGGCUGUCAUCACGCCCCAUGAGUUUGACGAGUGCCGAUUUGAUAUCAGUGUGAAUGACAGUGUGUGGUACCUGCGAGCUCAAGAUCCAGAGCACAGGCAUCAGUGGAUGGAUUCCAUCGAGCAACACAAGGCAGAAUCCGGCUAUGGCUCAGAGUCCAGUUUGCGCCGGCAUGGCUCCAUGUUGUCUCUCACAUCCGCAGCAAGUGGUUACUCUGCCACUUCCACUUCAUCUUUCAAGAAAGGACACAGUUUACGUGAGAAACUUGCCGAGAUGGAAACAUUCCGGGAUAUUCUGUGCAGGCAGGUGGACACCCUUCAGAAAUACUUUGAUGCCUGUGCUGAUGCUGUUUCCAAAGACGAACUCCAGAGGGACAAAGUUGUGGAAGAUGACGAAGAUGACUUUCCUACGACUCGUCCUGAUGGGGAAUUUCUGCACAACAAUAAUGGCAGCAAAGAGAAAUUAUUUCCAUGUGUAAAUCCCAAAGGAAUCAAUGGCAUUGACUUCAAAGGUGAAGCUAUCACAUUCAAGGCCACCACUGCUGGGAUCUUAGCAACUCUCUCGCACUGUAUUGACCUCAUGGUGAAGCGUGAGGAUAGCUGGCAAAAGAGACUGGACAAGGAAAUGGACAAAAGAAGGAGAGUUGAGGAUGCAUACAAAACUGCCAUGACAGAGCUUAAAAAGAAAUCUCACUUUGGUGGCCCUGAUUAUGAGGAAGGUCCAAACAGCCUUAUUAACGAAGAGGAGUUUUUUGAUGCCGUUGAAGCUGCCCUUGACAGACAAGACAAAAUUGAAGAACAGUCCCAGUCUGAGAAGACCAGGAUACACCGGCCCACUGCAGUGCCUUCUGAUGAUGCCUACUCAGCCGUUGGCAAACACAGAUUCGGCCAAAAGCCCUAUAGUCGCUCUUCCUCCAUGUCUUCCAUUGAUCUAGUCAGUGCCUCUGAUGAUGUUCACAGAUUCAGCACCCAGGUUGAAGACAUGGUUCAGAACCACAUAACAUACUCCUUGCAGGAUGUUGGUGGAGAUGCUAACUGGCAGCUGGUGGUGGAAGAAGGAGAAAUGAAGGUGUACAGGAGAGAAGUUGAAGAAAAUGGAAUAGUCCUAGACCCCCUAAAAGCCACACAUGCUGUGAAAGGUGUCACUGGGCAUGAGGUUUGUCAUUAUUUUUGGAACGUUGAGGUCCGUAACGACUGGGAAACAACAAUUGAAAACUUCAAUGUAGUGGAAACAUUAUCGGAUAAUGCCAUCAUAGUCUACCAGACUCACAAGAGAGUGUGGCCUGCCUCACAAAGAGAUGUUCUGUACUUGUCUGCAAUCAGGAAAAUUAUAGCAAACAAUGAAAAUGAUCCCGAUACAUGGAUUGUCUGUAAUUUCUCUGUAGAUCACAAUAAUGUCCCUCUCACCAAUAGGUGUGUCCGUGCCAAAAUCAAUAUAGCCAUGAUCUGUCAGACACUGGUCAGCCCACCUGAAGGCGACAAGGAGAUCAGCAGGGAUAACAUCCUCUGCAAAAUUACUUAUGUGGCUAAUGUUAAUCCAGGUGGCUGGGCACCUGCCUCAGUCCUCAGAGCAGUGGCAAAGAGGGAGUAUCCCAAAUUCUUAAAGCGCUUCACAUCAUACGUCCAAGAAAAGACUGCGGGGAAGCCCAUCCUUUUCUGAUGUAAGCAGCUGAUUUGGAAUAGCCAGCGUGAUUUGCCUCCUCUCACUGCCAAGUCCCACAGCGUGCUUUUCUCCGGGUGAUUUAGACAAGGCUGUGUAGACAUUCCAGAUCUGGAGGAGCUGGACACAGCAGAAGCAGGCGGUGGCACUUUCUGUCUCUAGACUGUUCAGAGGCUGUGACCUGCGGUGCCCAAGUGUGGGAAACAAAGCAGCUUUGGUCAGAAUAUCCAACACUAUCUGUACUCUGCAAGCUCCUCUUACUGCAUCAGUGUGUAAUAAGUACAUCUUUACAGCUGUCGUUUAUGUUGCUGUAGUGGAGACAGUUCAAAAUGAAAUCUUGAUUUUUACAAACUGUGGUUCAAUGGCUUUAAUAACUCACAUGUUACAGUAGACCUGCAAUAAUAGCCAAAAAGAUAAAUAUUGCAAAAAAUACAUAUUAAAAGAGAUUUAUAUGGUCAUUUUGGAGGUCUAAAGUAAAUUGUUUCUAUUUUGGUCUGGCUUUUGUAAAUGUCCAGUUUUUUGUUUUUGUUUUGCUAUGUAUAAUCACUGAUCUCAUGGCUUACUUUCAUGCUGCUAAUUUUUCUAAAAAUAGCUAGCCUUUUCUUAAAGAAUCGUCUUGUUUGUAAUACUUGUUGAGGGCUGUUAUUGAUCUAUGACUUGGCCUUUUCUUCCCUCUCUCUCUUGUGAAGACCAGCAAUGUGUCUGAUGGAGAAAGAGUUUGAAAAGCUUUAUUUUUUUUUCAGAAAUCUUUAUAUUUCUACCGUGAUUUUAGUUGUACACGUUAUACAAAUGUGAUGUGAUGAAAAAAAGGCAUAGAAAUCUAUAAAAAAAAAAACUGGCAAUAUGGAAUACAUAACUUAUCUCCUGAUGCUGGUGGAGCAGAUCUAUCUUGAUUGCAGUAGAAGCAUUGAACGGGAAGCUGGAGAGCACAGUGUACGAGUUUUCAAGUCAAGCAAUAAUUAGUUUGGCCUUGAGAAAAGCAUCACGUCAUGAUCUAAUUGAAAGUGCAUUAUUAAAUUUGAUCUGUUACAAAUUCACAAAGGAUUGGAUCUUAGCAAUCCAAGGUUACAAACUUGAAUGCCCCCUUUCAACACACACUUUGUAUACCACUGCAUCUUAAGAAUUAUUAAUCUGGAAUGUACAGAAUUAAGAUAAAUUUUACCAAUUCCCCAGUUUUGCUGUGUUGGCAUAUACAUGUUAAGCGUACACUUUUUACAUAUCUUUUUAUCAAACAUUUCAUGUUUAUAGAAAUCUGUACCUGGACAGUAAUUGAUUUAGUGUUCUAAAUCGGUUCUUUAGAAAGCAAGAAAUUCUUGGGUCCGUGCUCCAGUAAAAUCACUAGAGAAGUGCCUCUGUCUUCAUCUUAGCAGGAUGUAUGAUUUACUGCUGAAUUCUAUAUGUCCAACAGACAAACCUUUUAAGAGCAAAGCCUUUUUAGCAUGUUUCUUUUUGCAAAGAUUGGUUUAUAUUACAAUGUAAGGGGAAAAACAUUUCACUUGAUUUAUUACCUCAAGAUUAAUUUUUAUCUAAUAUUGUAAAUUUGCAAUCAGCAGGGACAGUGUCACUUUAGUGUAUUCUUCCUGUGUUGGGAGCUUUUCACAAAUUAGUUUUUAUGUCCAAAUGAUUCCUAGCGUGAAGUAUAUUGGUAAACCUUUCACUAAUCGGGCAAGAGAAGUGUUAUGCAAUAAAUCAGUUGCAUAGGAUACAAUGAACAAUGAGAUGGUGUGUGGGGAGUUCACAAGAAGUGUGUAUAUCUUGAUAGCGUUAUCAUUAGUUGCAUUUGCAUAAAAUGCGAUGUAAUUAAGACAUAUUCUGUAAAUAAAUAGAUUACACUAAAUGAGCAGUCUGGGGUGAAUAUACCGUGCAUUCAACGCAUGAUUAAUAUUGAUCUGUCUUCAAGGAAGGAUAUUCUCAAAUAUCCUGAUUGAACAGUACUGUUGCCCAGACCACUCUUCUCUUGCCUUUGGAUUUCUGACAUGAAAAUAUGUUUAAAGUACUUUUGGGAGUGUAUAGACUAGUUGUGUUUUAUAGAAGCUUUAUUAUCUUGGUUAUAUUCUAUACAAAGAAAUGCCAGUCCUUAUGUCACAAUGGUAUUGAUCUGUACAAAACAAAUAAUUGAAUCAACUUGUAUGAUAGCAAAAAAAAAAAUUGAGCUCUCUUCCAUGUUAUAUCUAAUUGAAUACAGUAUUUAAAAUUGAAGGGUAUUAAAAAUAAUAGACCGAUA